AUGCGUGAUUGGCAAAUGUGAAAGGGGUUUAGAGUUGGGGGGUGUAAUAACUGGGGGUUACCCUGGAUCUAUACUACUAUGGAGGAACGAAAAGAGCGUCACAAACAGCUGAGCAGCAGGGAGGUUAACAGACUGCAGGAAGAGCAUGGCAAGGAAAAAAGUUGAAAGUGAUUAUGAUGCACUCCAAGACCGACUUAGCACACUGCCAGACAAGCUCUCAUAUGAUAUUUUGGUGCCUUUUGGCCCACUCGCCUUCAUGCCAGGGAAGCUUGUCCAAACAAAUGAAAUAACCGUUUUACUUGGGGACAAUUGGUUUGCGAAAUGUUCAGCAAAACAAGCCAUGACACUUGUGGACCAUAGAAAAAAACAUGUUAAGAAAGCAUUGGAUGAUUUGCACGAAGUCGUAAAGAAUUUUGAGUCCAGAGUUGAUUUCACAAAAGACCUGCAAAGAAUGAGUGAUGAAGCAAAUGAUUUUUUUGAUAUUCGAGAAGAAGCAAACGAGGAAAUGAAAAUGACAAAAGGAAAACAUCGCCAGGCUCACAAGCCUCACUCAAAGCCAAAGGCAGCAAAUAUUUUUGAAUCAGAUUUUCGAGAAGAUGAUGUGGGAGCCAAAUCGGAAGAUGGAGCAUUCUCUAAUAAAGAGCUGUGGGCACGACUGGAGGAGCUAGAGAGGGAAGAAGAGUUACAAGGUGAACUCCACCAAAUAUCUAAAAUUCAUCACUCUACGAAAGAAUUUUUUUCGGAAGAAGACGACAAAGAGAACAGAAAGACGGAUCUUAAUGUGGCACAGGCUAUAAAAUAUCUUCAUACUCAGGGAAAUGAAAAUACAAAAACUGAGUGCAUUUUAAAUAACCAUAUUAAUGGUUCUGCUUCCCACCAUAGUGAUGAGGAAGAUGAUUCAGAAACCAGCAGAGAUUUUGUGGCUACCAUACAUUUUCACCAUACAGUUGAACCAAAACGGGUGAGAAUAAACACAGGUAAAAAUACUACUUUAAAAUACAGUGAAAAAAAAGAAGAAGCCAAAAGGAAAAGAAAAAACAGUAAUGGAAAUGGCUAUCUAUCACUAGAACUGCCAAAAAUCAAAACACCAGCAGAUAUAUACAGAGCAUUUGUAGAUAUUGUGAAUGGAGAAUAUGUCCCCCGAAAAUCCAUCAUGAAGUCAAGGAGCAGAGAAAACAGUGUGUGUAGUGAUACCAGUGAAAGCAGUGCACCAGAAUAUGAAGAUAGGAGAUCCUACAUGAGGAAUGUCAGCUAUGAGGAAAAUAUCUUCAGUGAUCAUAGUGAUGGCUUCCAUGAAGAAGAGGACCGCACACAUAAAAAGCUAUCUCCUGUGUUUGGACCCUUAGAGGCUUUUUCAGGAACAGUAGUAGAAAAAGAACCUUUCUCUAUGUCCGUGCCAAUCACAAGCAUUGCACACCCUGGUCUGCCAACUAUUCAAGAGUGGAAAUCUGAAGAGCUAUCUUCUGAGGUCUCAGAGGAGAGUACAAAAAGAGUUUCAAAAUUCAAGGCUGCAAGAAUACAACAGCAUAAAUAACUCUUCCACAAUACUUUAAACAUAUCAAUCUCAGUCACACAGAAUAAAUUACAGGGCGGGUAUUGUUUACAAUACUUCUUUUUGCCAGGAGCAAAUGUUUGUAAUAUGUUGUUGCCUUUCUGGCAGUUAACUGGAUAUACAAGUUCUCCAAAUCUGUUUUUUUUCUUAUUUUUUUUACCCUGAACUUUUUAAGGAGGGAUAUUUUAUUUCCAAUGUGCAACUAUUAAAAUCAUAUAUAUAUAUAUAUAUAUAUAUAUAUAUAUAUAAACACAGAAGGGGGCUGUACUCUCAUACCGGACCGGGUACACAUCCCAUGACCCUGUAACAUUCUCAGCCCUGGGUGCUCACGGGCACUCACAGGAAACUGUACUGUCCCUAGAGUCACAGGCAGUUAACCCCAGACAGGUCUGGGUGCAAGAACCAUAGGGAAAUUACAAAACAAAUUAAUACAACACACAGAGAAAGUCCAGCACUCACAAGCUCUCAGCUAAGAUUUAAAAGCAAAAAUAGAAAGAUUACUUACCGCAUCUGACCAAAUGGGACAAGCCCACGUACCACAUCAAGGUCCUUUGACGUGGUACCUGGAAUUCUCCCAUUUGGCCAAAUGCUUUAACUAACCAUUCCAUUUUUGCUUUUAAAUCUAAGCUGAGAGCUUGUGAGUGCUGGACUUUGACCUGCAGUUGUGGAUAGUGUGGAACAAUCGCACAUCCUAUGUCUUGAUUUAUCCAGGUUUAAUAUUCAGAGGACCACUUUUGAAGUUUGUUCGAGAAUACAAAUAAUGUUACAUUUUAAAGCAAAAUAUUGUUGCACUGUUAAAUGAUCUUCAUUCUGUAAAUUAUAUUAAAACACUGAUCCAUGGAAUUCAUGUAGAACUUACCCUAGUAACAUCUCCUUUUUUUAUUUAAUAAUUCAAUAGACCCUAACAUAAUUUCACAGACUCAUAAGUGGUCAGAUUUUAAGCAUUUGCCUGUUUAAGUUGUUUGGGCAAUGAUGGGACAAUCCGUUAAUUAUAAAAUUCAGCCAACCAAA